AUGGCGAUAUCCAACUCCGUAUGGCAGCUCUUGCUCAUAGGGCUCGUCUUCCACCUGGUAUAUAUUGGCACCGUCUUCGACUGCUAUUUCACCAGCCCAGUCGUCCGAGGCAUGCAACAGCACUCGCUCAAGACGGCGGAAGCCAAGCGGCUUGUUCUCAUUGUCGGGGACGGCUUGCGCGCGGACCUCCUCCUCGAGAAGAAUGGAUUUCCCAUGGUUCCUGGCUCUCCGGACGUCGUCGCUCCUCACCUGAGGUCCAUCAUUGAGGAGCGCGGGGCAUGGGGGAUCUCGCAUACGCAUGUCCCCACGGAAAGCAGGCCAGGGCAUGUCGCACUGAUCGGCGGGAUGUACGAGGAUGUUUCUGCGGUGACGAAGGGCUGGAAAACGAACCCGGUCGACUUCGACUCGGUGUUCAAUCAAUCGAGUGCCACCUUUUCCUUCGGCUCGCCGGAUAUUCUUCCAAUGUUUGCGCGCGGAGCGACUCCUGGAAAGGUGGAGAUGUGGUGCUAUGACGAAGAGGAGGAGGACUUUACGAAAGAUGCCACCUCCCUGGACGUCUGGGUUCUGGACCAGCUGCGCGCCCUCCUCCACAACGCAACCUCGGACGCCACUCUGGACGCCCGUUUGCGAGGCGAGCAGACCGUAUUCUUCCUGCAUUUGCUCGGGCUCGAUACCACCGGUCACUCGUAUCGCCCUCACUCAAAAGAGUACAUGGCGAACAUCCAAGUAGUUGACGAGAUCGUCAAACAGACGGAAGAGCUCUUCCGGGAGUUCUUCGCGGACGACGAGACAGCGUACGUCUUUACCGCCGACCAUGGCAUGUCCAAGAUUGGGAACCACGGCGACGGCGACCCCGAUAAUACUCGCACGCCGAUAAUCGCUUGGGGAAAGGGUGUCCGUGGACCUCUACCUGACAGCAAACCGUCUUCACAUGACGCCUACUCCGUGCCUUUCGAGCUCAGCCACCUUCUUCGCCACGAUGUGGAGCAAGCAGACGUAGCUGCGCUUAUGUCGUCUCUCAUUGGAGUGAACUGGCCCAUCAACUCGGUGGGGGUUUUGCCAGACGUCGACCCGGACCGGCCGGGUUACCUGCUACCGCAAGAAGGCGAAAAGACGCAAGCGGAGGCUGCGCUGAUCAAUGCCAAGGUGAUCCUGGAGCACUAUCGAGUCAAGCAUUUCGAAAAGAAGGAGCACUCGCUGUACUACCGGCCAUACUCGUACUUUGUACAUUCGGCUCAGUCGGACGAACUUCCGGGCGACUCAGCCAUUACGGCUAUCGAGGGGCUCAUUCGAGAGAGAAGAUACCAUCAAGCUCGUCUGCAAACGAAAGACUUCAUCGCGCACUCGCUCGAAGGCCUUCGGUAUCUGCAAACUUACGACCGCACUAUGCUGCAAGGCAUCGUCAUUGCGGCCUACCUCGGCUGGAUUGCCUUUGGCGCCGUCUCGAUUCUUAUUCCCCGGUCCACACCAGCGAGCUCCCCAGGCACAAGCAGUCUGCCGGUCCACAUUGCCGCGGCAUCCGUCGUCGCCGCCUUUUCUGCUGUCUUCGUGAAGCAACGGUCCCCCGUCACCUUUUACGUCUACAUCGCCUUCCCGUGCUACUUCUGGGAUCAAGUUCUCGUGCGCGCCGGCAGUCCUUUACUCGAGUACAUGAGAAACAGUCAGCCAGGAUCGGUGGGCAAAAUUCUGAUCCGAGGAGCGGUCGUAGUUGCAGCCUUGCAGAGCAUGGUGGCUGGCUACACUCAUCGCUCGCUAUGGAGUGCAUGGUUUGCUAUCCUCGGCGUCGCGUGGCCGCUAUUUUGGCCGAGCGAUGUCCGCUCGAAGAACUGGUCACUUGUGAUCGGAUGGACAUCGUGCUGUCUUUGCACUGCGAUCUUCCCGCUGCUCAGCGUACAUCAAGAGGAAAACCUAGCUGGAAUCACAUGUGGGACGUUGGCGAUGUACGCUAUCGGUGUACUAUGUUCCCGAUGGUUCAAGUUCACAAACUCGAACGAGAGUUCCCUUUUCAAAGCAGCCAUCCUCAUCCCCCUUAACAAUCUCGGCUGGUCGCUAAUUCUAGUGGCUGUUAUCGCAUGGGACCUACGUGACAAGAAAGGCGUUCCACCUGCAUUCCGUUUUAUAGGCUGGGGUCUUUUCCUAUCUACCGUCGCGCUACCCUUCGUUCUUCGCGUCGGCCGGAGCCAGCCCUACGCACGUCUACUCAGCUUCUUCCUCGGAUUUGGCGUAGCCUUCGUGUGGCUGGCAAUCGCUGUGGAGGGCUUGUUCUACGUCGCGUAUUCGCUGACACUCACGAUGUGGGUCGAAGUUGAGACUGCGCUGCGUCAGGCGACGGAUGAGGAAAAGCACGAGGAAAAGGGGGCCCGAGAAGACAAGUCGAAGGUUGUCGACGUGGCGGCAUACAAGCCGCGGGUGGAUGACCUGCGCAUCGCGGUCUUCUUCCUGUUCUUCGUUCAGGUGGCGUUCUUUGGGACCGGAAAUUCCUUUUACCUUGAGCCCGUAUACCGUCUAGUCCCGGUCUUCAACCCAUUCCUCAUGGCAGCUCUCUUGAUCUUCAAGAUCAUUGCUCCCUACAUCAUCCUCGCGAUCUGCUUCUCCAUUUUGAACGCGCGCCUCUCACUACCGCCGUUCAGUCUCUUCCUCGUCGCCCUCACCUUAACCGACAUCAUGACGAUCACUUUUUUCCUCCGGGUCACCGACACCGGCUCGUGGCUGGAGAUCGGCCAGACAAUCUCGUUCUUCUGUAUCAGCUCGCUCCUCUUGGUCUGGUCGGCGGGUAUCUGCGCGCUGGGCGAGGUGCUCAUGGCGCCAUCGGCGGAAGCGCAAGCGUCGGUGUCAAGUGGUCACGCGACUGUGGUCAAAGAGAGGACGGAGUAG